AUGAAGAUUUCCGCCCUUCUUUCUCUCGUCCCUCUCGUCGCCGCCCUGCCCGGCAAGCAGGCUAAGCAGGCCAAGGGCUCUGAUGCCUCCUUCGGCGUCAUCUCCGCUCGUUCCGCUUCUCCCAUCCAUCUUCUGCCUCUCAACGCCGUCGGUAGCUACUUCUACCUCGGCGGUAACGCUCAGUCUUACUGCCCCGAGGGCAUUCCCGGCUGCAAGCAGACCAACGAGACUGUGAUCACAGGAGGCCACUUCCUGGACGUCACGGUCCCUGGUGGCCAGGCUAUCUUCGUCGACCCCAAGGGUGCCCUUCGCUUCACCGCUCCCCACUCCGCCUACGAGCCUGCUGGCUCCUCCGACGGUCCCUUUACCUACACCCCUGGUAACUCUUUCGGCCACUGGUCCUACGAAGGCCAGGGUGCCUCCGGUUUCAUGGCUUGCCCUACCAACGGCACUACUACCUACCGCCGCUCUCGCCGGGACGCUGCCGCCCCUAAGUGGCAGGUUUACGCUGCUCUGCAGAAUGCCACUGUUCCCUCUGGCAGUGUUUCUGACUGCAUUGGCUUCGAUGCUCUUGCUGUGGCUGACAACUCUACUGUCCCAGCCACCUGGGAGUACAUCUAA